ACGGCGUCGGCUUAUAGGAAGUGAGUCACACUGACGGUAAUGUUACGUCUCUGUUGCAGCAGCACACUGAGAGCAGAACAGAGAACAAGGAAGCAACAUGUGCUGACCAUAAUAACUGUAACACAUCAGCACAGACAGCCACAAUACCAGGGACAAGUAGUCAAGACCCUCACAUACCACCGGACGUUUACAGACUGGACUUUGUAUUUCACCAUGAAAAGAGAGGUGAAGGCUGGAGUCAACUUCCUCAAACGACUGGCUGUGGCACGAGGCAAACUCAGCGAAGCCAAAGCAGAACUGUUUGCUGAGAGGCUACAAAAACUUUUAUGUGACAGAUAUGAUGACCACUGGUACCCGGACUGCCCCAGCAAAGGCCAGGCAUACAGAUGUAUCCGUAUAAACAACGGAGUGCCUUGUGACGAAGCGAUCCUGAGGGCAUGUGAGGAAAGUGAGCUCACACCAGGUGAACUCGGCCUUCCGCGUGAGAUCACAUUGUGGAUCGACCCACUGGAGGUGUGUGCGAGAUCUGGAGAGAACGGCAGGCCCUUCACAGUUGCCUGUUUUGAAGAAGACGAUGAGGAGGAGAAAGAGGCUGAUCCCUCAGUGAACUCGAUAAAUCUGGACACGUCAGAUUACCACUCUGCUACCUCUUCGGAUUGUGGUUCCACUGCGUCAAGUGACACAGAAGAGGAGGCGAAAGAUGCCGAGACGGAGGGGGAGCAAGAGAAAGAAGAGAAGGAGGUGGUUAAGAAGGACGCAGCAGAAGGCGACACCUACACAAUAGCCAUGGUGCCCAGGAUUCGAAAGCGUCUCGGAGAAGGACCAAAUAAAGUCAAAUACGUCAGAAAAGUGGUCCCUGCCAGCCUCCAGUACUUCUACCACCCUGCACCAGUUUGGCCUCAGUACAAAAAGGGCGCUCCAGUGUUUCUUAACACGGUGUGUGCACCUCCACCACCUCCACCUCCACCCCAGCAGGUAUUUGGCUACUACAUCUUGCCACAACCGUCUCCGCAGUUCAUUCUGCCUCAGGCCGCUCUGCAGCCGUGGGGAGCUGUGAAGGGUUAAACGGUCCGCCAAGUGUGGGGUGAAGGUGGAUAAAGCGUUAAAAAGCUCCUUCAACUGAGCCAUGUUGUGUUAGUCCUCAGCUAAACUUGGGCCAAGAAAAGAACUUUUUUAACUGUGUAACUCACAGUUAUUCUUUGUACAACCUGUGAUGAUUCCUCUUUCUGUUAAUUUCUGCUGACUUGUAAUUGAUGGCUUAGUCUCGGCACUGAGAUGCCACUGAACUUGAGUGAAAACUGUUUUCUUUUUUAAAAAAUCUAUCAGGUCUGCACUGCUAAUUCUUUUUACGUCAUUUACAUGUUAAGAAUGACUUCAGUCACUGGGUGCUUGGACUAACUCAGGAACUCUUAGCAAUAUCUGCAAUACCAAAUAAUUGUCUUUUCAGGAGUUACUCCCUAUGUGAUGUCAAUCUCUUUGUCAGUUCUCUCACCAAAUAUGGUCCACAGUGUGUAUGUCAGUUAAUCAAUGUAAAAUGUGAUUCAGGGGUUUAAUCUAUUGUAGCUAGAGUGAUAAUAUCUGUAUAUUAGGAAGAAAAAUAUUUUUACUAAACUGCUUGUAAAUAAUACAGAACUUGGAUGCUGAUGCACACUUUGUAAUCUCAGUCUUUUUGAUGUAAUUUAUUUGGCCACCAGUGGAUGGCACUCAACUCAUAGCUAACACAUGAAAUUGUAUAUUUUUGUAUUAACAGUGGCUGCUGUACUUUUUGCAAAUCACAGAGCACAAACAUGAUUUUAAAUAGCUUGAACUCUCCCUGCUGUUAGUGUAAUGUGUACAUAUUCAUGUGCAUCUGUUUUAUGGCCUGUUUAAAGCUGUGUGUUUUUAAAGUUUUUAUUGUACAUAAAUUGUCUUGCCAUGAAAAUCUGCUAUAAAUCCUGAAUACACAUUUCACACGCUGACUGUUAUGUACUGUGAUUAUUUAAUUGUAUUGAUCCAUAAUUAUUUAAUGUUCAUGCAACCUGGAAGCUCAUCUGUGUGUAAUCAUUGCUUUAUGUUCAUCUUUUGCAUUCGACAUUUACCUUCUAAUUGCUGGAAAAUUAAAUCGACUCAUAACUUUCAUUAUAAA